AUGCUUAUCAUAUCAACAGUAGCAUCAGUAUUCAUUGCUUUUUGGUCUUUUAUAAUUUGUACUGUAAAUUUGGCCGAUGGUGAUCGUCUUCCACAACGUUAUGUAAUAAAUUUGGAUUUGGCUCCAGAAAAUCGUUGGGAUAGAAUUAUCGAUGAUCAUAAAAAAUUUAUUCCGACAAUUAUUGAGGAAAUCAACCACUAUGUGCCAAAGUUGCUACGUCCAAUUGUAUGGUGGAUUGAUGAAAAUAUUUUGCUCAAAAAUUUCCCAAACGAAUAUACCCAAGAAAUACGCGGCAUUGCAAAACGAAGUGGCCUUAGUAUUGGUGAAAUAGUUGGUAUAAACAUUCUGUACGACAUUUCCGCUUUUAAUCGUAAACACAUAUUAGCAAAUAUUGGUUGUACGUCUAUUGUUGCACAAGAUUAUAGAGGGCGAAUAAUUCAUGGCAGAAAUUUGGACUAUUUAAUGACAUCACUUCUUCGAAAUUUAACAAUUAUUGUUGACUUCACGAGAGGAGGAAAUUAUUACUUUAAUUAUCUUUUUUUUUUUGCAAUUUUUAAAUUUUACAAAUUUUUGAAAAAAAUUUUUUUUUCUACAGAUUCUGGAGCUUACAUUGAUACAAUUUUAAUGGAAUUUUAUACGCAUUUUACAAAGCUAGUAACAUUUACUGUUCGAAUGGCACUUGAAAAGAAAAGUACAUUUGAAGAAGCACGUGAAAUGCUAAUGAAAGAACAUUUUAUUGCUCCAUCAUAUUUGAUUAUAGCUGGUACUGAAGUAGGACAAGCUUGCAUCAUAACAAGAGAUCGUUGGAAGGCUGCAGAUCUGAAAUGUAUUGAUUCACAAAGUGAUCAUUGGUUUUUGGUGGAAACUAAUUUUGAUCAUUGGAAAGUCGAUAAGGAUAAACGUCGGAGAAUAGCAGAAAAAGCCCUUCGGCAAAUUGGCAAACAUUUUCUAUCAUAUGGGGAAAUGCUUCAAAUUCUUUCGCUUUAUCCAAUUAAAAAUAACAAUACAGUUUUUUCAACAGUGAUGUCACCAUUGGAUGAGAAUGUUUUGUAUGGUUAUACUAUUGUUUGGGAAUAA